AUGAACAAUUUCGUGUUCGCCAGCGACCACACGUCUCUGGAUUGGCGGUUACGCCACGUGGAGGCCCUGGCCAGCGUGGUCACGGACCUCCUAGACGAGCUUGAAUCUUCUAUUCGGACGAUUAUCAACUCGAAACGAACCGGGCAAGCCGAGACAUACACCGCAAGCGAACUUGAUGCCGAGGCUGAAACUCUUGAAGACAUUCAGGCACAGCUGUUUGAUAUUUGUCGCGCCAUUCAUCGCUCCGGAAUUCUCAGCAGGCUUUCAAAACUCGCACACUACCAGGACAUUCUCCACAUUGACGGCAAGGAGAUCAACCUCACCCGGGCGUUUCGAAAAGGUAUCGGGGAAUAUGUGGACGCGCGCUACCGCAAAGCGAGCGAGGCGGUACGACUGCGCCUUGCCGACUCGAUUAGUCUUCGGCGACAGAACUUCCUAUAUCUUCGAGACCGAGAGGCCAAGGCUAGGGGAGAAGCGGAUCGAGAGAUGGAUAGUGAAACAGAACAAGGGCCAGUGAUUACAUCGCGAAAUGAAGAUGUCAAAGAUCAGGGGCCAACGAUGCAAAACUCUCCUGGCUCAGGGACUAGUCGCAUUGAUCAGGGCCAUGCUGCCAAGCGGCACGCACCCUCAUCCAUCUUCAGCGCAUCAACAGUAGUUCCCCGAAGGGCGAUGAAACCAGCCAGCGUUCGGUCCUCUUCGACAUUUUCUGCGAGCAGUCAUCUUGGCAUCAGCAAAAUGAUUCCUCCGCCGCUGCCAAGAACUGGCUCUGGGUACAUCAAGUGCCCCCAUUGUUUCCUCAUAUGCCGGGAAGAGGAACUGAGGAAUGAAUCCGGGAAGCGACACUUUCUCCGGGACCUCAUGCCCUACGUAUGCCUUCUGGAAGAUUGCAACACUCCGGAUAUGUUAUUCGACUCUUUUAAACGCUGGUCGGAUCAUAUGAUUUCUCAACACCCUAUCACGACCUGGAUAUGCGCCAACAGAACGCACCGUCAAACGUACCGAUUCGAGACUUCUGGAGCCUGUGAAGACCACAUGAUGGCUCAGCAUACGCAUGAGUUUGACAGGUCGGACCUAUCGGAAAUUGUCGAAGCGUCAAAGGUCUCGCAGCCUAGGACCGACCCCUUGACCCGGUGCCCAAUUUGUGCGGAUGAUUUUGAUGCCGACUCCAAGCCCGCAGAUGAUAUUCUGAGACAUGUGGCCGAGCAUUUGGUUGAAUUGGCGUUCUGUUCGCUUCCAGCCGAUGAAGAAGAGGGUGGCGAGUCCGAAAAAGAAUCCGACCCCAGUUUGUUGAGCUUUAGCUUCGAGCGGGCCAGCGUGCCUCAGACAAGCAUCGCCGAUGAACCUAUUAGUGGAGAAUAUUACGACAUAGAUGCCGAGGCAUUAUCGCCGGACAUUGAUACCUUUUAUCACAUUACAGAUACUAUGAUCGACCACUGGGAAGGCUAUUGGGAAGAUAAGCCGCUCCCAACUUAUGACCUCCCGAAUGACCCUGCGCUCCUAUCACUGGACCAUGGUCAAAUCUUCGCUGAAGACGAGAGGACUUUGGGUGAAGCACACAAUCAAUCGGGAAAAUCGGCACGCCCGAGGCAGGUCACCGUAGUUCAGAAAAAAGCCACGUUUGUUGACGGCUCCUACCACGAGGACUUAGAACCACAGACACCUAAGCUCAAGCUAUUUGUGGAUAGAGCGACCAAUAUCUACAGCUACGAUACUUGCCCCUUGCCAAAAGAUCAUCUACGACUUCUCUUCCUGAAGCCCAGCCAAGACCGAAGCGACCUCAUCAUUGUCGAGCUUCAAGCAUGGCCCAUCGCAAAGCUUAUAGUAAGACCAGAUGACUUUCAGUUCACGGCCCUUUCCUACAAUUGGGGAGUUGGGAAGGAAGACAAGGAAAUCUUCGUGGAUAUGACCCCCGACAGCUUGCCGCCGGUGAAGUUGAGAAUGGACGACUUGUCAGCAGCUUGGAAGCGCCGCAUGAAGCCAAUCUGGGUGAAACCCAACUUACACGCGUUCCUCAAAGAAUUUCGGCACCCCACGAAGGAGGUCGCUCUCUGGGUUGAUAGGGUCUGUAUCAACCAGGCCAACAAUGAGGAGAAGGCAGACCAGGUAUCCAAGAUGGGUAUCAUAUACUCUACUGCAGCCAACGUCGCGAUUUGGUUAGGCACAGCAGAUGAGGAGGGGAGUUCCGACCGAGCAAUGGACUUCAUUGGCUCCAUAUUGAAACAGGAUGUGGAGCAGAAGCUCAAAGACGAGAACGCGCAGGAUGAAGACGCCAGGAAGUGGUCAGACCUACUAUCACUCAUGCGGCGCCGGUGGUUCUCACGUCGCUGGGUCAUCCAGGAGCUUGCCCUGGCAAAGAACGCCGAGGUCCGCUGCGGCUCCAAGAGGGUUCACUGGCGCGACUUUUCUGAUGCCGUCAGCAUUUUUGAGCUUCACGUUGACAUCAUUCUCAAGAUCAUCAAGCGAAGACCUGAUUUGGAAGAGUCCCUCGAGGGGAUCAAGGGCAUGACGCCUUUUGGUGCUCGAAUUCUCGUCGAUGUCCUAUCCAACAUGUUCCAGCGAGCCUCUAAUGGAGCCAUCCUCAGCCCACGACAUGGCCUUGAAAGCCUCAUCUCAUCUCUGUCUACGUUUGAGACCUCGGAUCCCCGGGACACCAUCUACGCCCUACUGAACCUUGCCAAGGAGACAUUCAACCUACCUUCAGAGGAUGAAGUCCGGAAGGAGAGGAGGCGGAGAAGGAACGAAGCAAACCCUCCUCCAUUCCCUGACUACUCUAAGAACUUGCUCGAUGUCUACACAAACUUUAUGAAAUGGUGUAUCAAGGAAAGCCGUUCACUGGAUAUUCUAUGUCGCCACUGGGCUCUCCCUGAAGUCAACAGGAAGCCAGAUAAAUUCUACCCCGAGUUGGUAGAAUUACCAUCAUGGAUCACAACAAUCCGUAAGUCAGCCUAUGGUUCUCAGUAUGAGGGGUUUGGUGGCCGAAAAACGGGAGACAGUUUUGUCGGCUCACCAGAGAAUCGAUGUUACAAUGCAUCGCUGAAUCUCCUCCCUGAUAUCCAAUGGGGAAGAGAUCAGGGAGCGCCACUAACGAAGUCACCAAACACUGAGCUUCCCAGAACAGCUGCAUCUCGACGACUUGCGUUGCCCUCGGGGAAGACCGUCCCCCGCAGGCCGCGACCUCAACAAGACCUGAGCCGUGUACUAACCAUCAAGGGGUUUUAUCUCGGACAGGUUUCCGAGCGACACGUGAUGCCUGAAGGAAUUAUUACAAAAGAGGUUUUGGAGACGCUGGGCCAUGACUCUACUCCAAGCCGGUUGGAAAGAGUGCCGGAUGCUCUGUGGCGAACGUUGGUUGCGGACCGUGGCCCGGACGGUAAAGCACCACCGGCAUGGUAUCACAGGGCAUGCAUGACAUGCCUGGUAUCCGAUACCAGUACGGGAAACAUUGACACGAAUCAGAUCCUUCAGCAGGAAGACAUAACAAAGAUGCAGGCAGACUACCUGAAGCGGGUCCAGGCAGUGUGCUGGAACAGGACGUUCAUCGAAUGUGGUGACGGUGAUGAUGGUAACAAGCUUUUUGGAAUCGCCCCGAUGGACGUCAAGGCAGGCGACUUGGUUUGUAUUCUCUACGGGUGCUCGGUUCCAUGUGUCCUAAGACAAACCCUGUAUGGAAGUGGGAGCGACUCCAAAGCGGGUAGCUCUGACGAGCGUGGCUCCAAAGACCCCAGCUACUUCUAUCAGCUGAUUGGAGAAGCAUUCAUUCUUGGACAGAUGGAUGGGGAGGCUAUCGUGGACUUUUCAGAGGAGGACCUGAGAAGUGCGAGUGACGAUUUUCACUUGGUUUAG